AUGGUGCGAGUGUAUUGAAAUCAAACUUGACGAAGGAACCUAAGAUUUGAGUUUGGGUUUGAGCCUGUAACGCAGCAGGUUUUGUACAGAAGACGGGUUUCGUUCCACUCCUUAAACCCUUGGUGCAGUUUGUAGAGAUUUUCGGACUCCGAAGGAGCGAGUCACAAAGUUACAUGACGCGCACAGCGCUAACGGAAAUAGCUAACCUGCUAACUUCAGGCAGUCAAAUCGCAGUUGUAGAUAUCAUUCAGGAUGUCCAUUACCAACGCGCCAACCAGUAAUGACGCCUGCCUUAGUAUUGUGCACAGCCUGAUGUGUCACAGGCAGGGCGGUGAGAGCGAGACUUUUGCCAAACGGGCCAUCGAGAGCCUAGUCAAAAAGCUGAAGGAGAAGAAAGAUGAGCUGGAUUCACUCAUUACAGCUAUCACCACCAACGGGGCCCACCCCAGCAAAUGUGUCACCAUUCAGAGGACGCUUGAUGGGCGGCUACAGGUGGCCGGACGGAAAGGCUUUCCACAUGUGAUCUACGCCCGGCUCUGGCGGUGGCCAGACUUGCACAAGAAUGAACUGAAACAUGUCAAAUACUGCCAGUUUGCCUUUGACCUCAAGUGUGACAGUGUGUGUGUCAACCCUUAUCACUACGAGAGAGUGGUGUCUCCUGCCAUUGACUUGUCAGCAUUGACGCUGGACCCAACCACUGGACCCAGCACGACAAUGGUUAAGACUGAAUGUGAUUUUGACAGACCGCAGAGUCUGCCCUCUACUGAGGGAGGGCAAUCCAUCCGGACAAUCCAGCACCCUCCUUCCAGCAAUCACAUAGCCCCCCUGGAGACAUUUGGGACUUGUGCCUUGCUCCCAUCUGCUGAGGCCUCCAACUCUGUCUCAGCAUCAUCCUUCUCUGCCAUAGCUGCAAGUUCAGGAAGCACCUGCUCCACCUGGUCAAGGAACAACAGCUUCACCCCAAACAUGCUUCAUCACACUAAUGGUCAUCUGCAGCACCACCCGCCAAUGCCACACCCAGGACACUACUGGCCUUUGCAUAAUGAGCUCACCUUUCAGCCGCCGAUAUCCAAUCACCCCGCGCCUGACUACUGGUGCUCUGUUGCCUAUUUUGAGAUGGAUGUUCAAGUGGGAGAGACCUUUAAGGUGCCGUCCUCAUGUCCCAUUGUGACAGUGGACGGUUACGUUGACCCUUCAGGAGGAGACCGAUUCUGUCUGGGCCAGCUCAGUAAUGUACAUCGUACUGAAGCUAUUGAGCGCGCAAGGCUUCACAUUGGAAAAGGGGUACAGCUGGAGUGCAAAGGGGAGGGAGAUGUGUUGGUUCGAUGCCUCAGUGACCAUGCAGUGUUUGUUCAGAGUUACUACCUGGAUGGAGAGGCAGGCCGAGCCCCCGGAGACGCUGUUCACAAAAUCUAUCCCAGUGCUUACAUCAAGGUGUUUGAUCUUCGCCAGUGCCACAGACAGAUGCAGCAGCAGGCUGCCACAGCACAAGCAGCAGCGGCAGCACAAGCAGCUGCCGUGGCCGGCAACAUACCUGGACCAGGCUCAGUCGGAGGGAUUGCCCCAGCUAUUAGUCUGUCGGCAGCAGCUGGCAUCGGGGUGGACGACCUUCGCCGGCUGUGUAUUCUCAGGAUGAGUUUUGUUAAGGGCUGGGGGCCUGACUACCCACGGCAGAGCAUCAAGGAGACGCCCUGCUGGAUCGAGAUCCAUCUUCACAGAGCUCUGCAGUUGCUGGAUGAGGUUCUGCACACGAUGCCGAUAGCUGACCCACAACCUCUGGACUGAGCAGUGCAGCACCUCGUGUCACACUGCAGCACACCGUGGCAGUGGGCGAUGUUCCUCAGAGGAUCUGCCUCUGAUGAAGAGGCCUGACAAUCUGACAGCCAUUAAGGUGUGACACUCAAAACUGUUCUGUGAAAUCCUUUCAGGUGUUUCAGAGUUUUUUUUUUUUUUGUUGUUGUUAAUCAGGAACAACACUAAGAUGAGCCGUUUGUUCAUGACAUAGUCUGUAUUUCUUUUGUGUUGUUUUUGUUGACUGGAAUGAGGAAUUCUGGGGCGUAGAUGAUCACGUGUAAUGAUGCCUACAGAACACCACACCGUGUAAACUGGAUUUUACAAAAAUGACUUGCCGUCUCAGCCUCUCAGUCCUGACAAAUUAGCAGAACCAAAUCAGUGUGAAGGCUGUACAGCUGCUGGGUGAGAUUCUGUACAUCACAGGUCCUCACAUCCGAUAUGGGACUACUCCUGUGAAUGUCAGUUUUCAGCUGCCGUCACAUCAUUGACACGCUCGCUGUCACAGCUGCACCUGGAAUAGUGAGAUUAUUGGAAGUUGGCAGGGCUCAGACCUGCUAGCAUUUCUGUUCUGUCAGUCACGGACAGCGCUGUGGAUGACUUGGUGCGGGCUGCACGAGGCUUUCAGUGCAACAUGACAUGCACUUUGCAUACAAAACCCGGCUUUUGAACUGAAGUAGGGGCAAGUGGACUAUGGACUCAGGGUAUGUUAAACCAUGGGUAUGGGUCUGGAAACAGGUGACGGACCUCGGCUUGGUAUGAAUCCGUUUCUGCCCUUUUCUCACUGCCAAACCAAGAGUGAAACUGAGCCAAGAUGCUUUUGUUGGGCGUGGCUGAUUUUCAGCGCUUGAGGUUUUUUCAGUUUUACAGUCAAUAAUUGGAAUUCUGGUCUUUAGACAAACCAAAGUGUAUGUAUAUUUACUGUCAUGAAUGUGAGAACACAGCCAGGUAUGUAAAUAUGCAGUAAUCUUGGUCAAACUGUAAUAUUUGUGUCUUUUUUUUUGAAGCAGAAUUUCCAAUCACACAAGUUUGCCUCAUUGCACUUGUGGGUCGGUGCCCACUUGUGUACUGCUUGAUUUAAGUUUUGUAUAGACAUAUUUUCUUGGGUCUUUGUUUUUUUUAUGGAGUAAAUUGUAUUUUUAGCAGUUUUUCUGGUUUGAAAUACUCUUAGUCUUGAUGUUUAUGAUGCAACAUGAAUAAGACACUGAACAGGCUUUUAUUUUUUUAUGGAAUUGUGUGCAGAUGUUACAUUGAGUAUAUUAAAAUUAGCAUAAAGACACAUUUAUAAAAAGUAUUUUUGACCCAUCUUUGGCGAUAUUUACACACCUGUACUGUGUAUUUUGAAUGGUUUUAAUUACAGACUUUAAACAUAGAACCAGCAGUUUGAUGCCCAUGUGGCUGAGCGACACUGUCCUUGAGUAAGAUUCUGAACCCCAAAACGUCCACCUUGGGGCCCCUUAGAUUGACUCCAUAUGGAUAUGAGGAAAAUG